CUCCAUGAUGGCGAGCAGCAUCGAAGAUGUUGUGCGGGAUUCUGUCGAAACCCAAACAAACUGUAUCGACGACGAAGUAGUGCGGCAAAAGGUCGGCGAGCUGAGAGGGGAUCUCAACCAGUUGAAUAUCAACAACGCCUAUCUCCGCUCCGGCCUUCAGACCCAGGGAGAGAAGCUCUUGACGAUGGAGGACUACCAGGCCGUGCUGUCGUCAACCAUGUCGGAGUUCUUAGGCACCAUGUCAGAAAUCCGGAAAAAGAUACUUGACUACAGAAAAGAAAGCCGCCGGGUCGACCAGGAGAUCGGCUCGCUGCGUGAAGAAAAGGCUGUUCUAGCCGAGGAGGAAGAAAUGGUUGUCAAUCAAUGUGUUACAAACGUCCAAGAGGAGAGGGGAGGGGGGUGUAUAAAAGAAGCAGACCUGACGGAGGAGGAAAAGUCAGAGCUCCGACUUAACGAUUACACCCGCUACGAUCUGUAUCGUAAACUUCAAUGUCUGAAGGAAUUAAAGGAAACUAGUCAGGCCUUGAAAACCUCAUACACUCACGAAUGGAGCAAAAUAAAGGAGGACAUCAGAAUGUACCGGGAAGAGAGACAUCAGUACGAGAUGGAGAUACAGAGUGUCCAUAACACAGCUCUCCAAAAGAUGAGGAAUCUGCACCUCAACCCAACAAAUGAUGAAGAUAAAGAAUUAUUACAGAUAAUCAAGAAUUUGGAAAUGAAACGCGAAUGUCGGGAAAUGAAAGAAAACAACCAAGACUUAGAAAUUAUGUCCCGAGAUAUCGAAAAUGAUAUCUCACAAUUAUUGGACACAAAACGGGUCCUAAUGAAGGAGAUGGAAGGGUUGGAGCGGGAGAGUCGUUACGGGGAGUCAUACGAGCCGGGGGUGAGGCUUCACCGUACUAGCCGCCACACCAACCUCGUGAUCCGCGAUGAGCAACUGGCCGAGGACACUGCCUCCAUCGGGGAACCCGAGCACGUGGGUGGAACACACCUACACAGAUGUGCCAAGAACUCUUGCAUUGCUAUUCCGAGGGAGAUGUGGGACGAGGAGGAGCUGAAGGAGCUACAGCGGCUUACCACCAACAUAGACAGCGAGGAAUCCACCGACGGUUCAGAUCUAACUGAUGACGUCAGUGUUGAGAACGUCAACAUCGAUACUCUCGAGGACCAAGUGAAAAAGGCCACCGCUGAUGAACAAACAUUGGAGGAAGAUCGUCUGAAAACUGAUCCCAAAAUGCCAAACCAGGAAGUCCGUCUGCCUAAGCAGAUGGAUGAAAUAGCAACUGGUAAUGGAUUGCUUACUAAACUGCGUGCUCGAAUGGGGGUACAGGCACGCUCUGGGACCGUUCUGAAACCGGAAGUCACGCCAGAAGAUGCAGGUCUCCGACGAUCUAGCCUUAGAGAUGCAGCUGUAACAUUCAUGUCGCGCAGACCAAGAAGAAAGUAGAAGUUUAUGUUUUAACUUAUUUUCUGAGCGUUCCAGUAGAUCUAUAGAAUUAUUUUUUUAUAUUCCAUUUAUAAGUUAACGAUAGUUUUACUUGGCAUAAUAUGUAAAUAAAUGAUGAUCGUUGCAAUCGAU